AUGUCCGCGCCGGGCGACGGCGAGCUCGAGGGCGCGCACCUCCGCGCGGCCCCAGCCCCCGCGUCGGCGUACCCGCGCCAACACGGCCACAGGCACCACGCGCGAUACCGACCCCCGUCCUACGCGCUUCACACCCGCCUUCACGGGAGCCUGCGCCCCACCUUGGAGGUGGUUCCGCUCAUGGCGGCGGUCGCCGCGGGGGCGAUAUUCGCCGGCGUCAUCAUAUGCCACGACCUCGCGCACAACCACGAGAUCUUCGUGUCCAAGCGGCGCAGGAUCGCGCAGGUUGUGGACUCCGAGGACGCGGUGGCGUACGCCAGGGAGACGAACCUCGCGAGGGCUGGGUACGACCACGCGCUGAGGCGGUGGGCGCUGAGACGCGCGCCGAGGGUUUUCGGCGGCGGGCGACGCGGCGAGGAGUACGGGCCGGACUUUAUCGCGAGGGACAAGUGGAGGGAGCGCGCGGAUGGUGCUACGGCGGGAUGA